AUGCUCUUUGCCUUCAUGGUUCCGCUACUUCCUCACAUAUUCGAAAAUCGCCUAGGAUUGGACGCAACACUCACUCAGAAGUAUACCUCUAUCUUCCUCGUUGAAGGGGCUUUGAUAUCAAUCGUCUCAAGUCCUUUGAUCGGAAGUAUAGCCGACCGAGCCAGCUCCAAGAAAAUGCUGCUGCUAGUACUGCUAGCACUCACACUCGUCAGCGUUUUAUGUCUGUCAAUGACUCUUUCUCUAACUUGGCUUUUUAUCGGUCGAUUCUUCCAGUGCAUCGUGACCAACGCAUUAUUUAUCGUGGGCAUCGCAACCAUGGCAGAAAACCUCGGAUCGGAAAAUAUGGGCAAGAUAGCGGGACUGAGCUCAACUCUAGCUUCUGCCGGAACAUGCUCUGGCCCUGUCAUCGCUGGGUUCCUAUUUGGCAUCGGUGGUUACUGGACAGCAUGGGCUGGCGCCGCUCUAUUUCUCGUUGUGGACAUCAUCAUGCGCCUUCUGAUGAUUGAGAAGCCACGGCAUAAACAAAACGGAGCAUCGAAUACAGAAUCGCCUUGUGCAGAACAAACGGGGUGCUCAGAGCAAGAGCCUCUUUUGAAUGAGGCCCAAAAUCCGAAAGAAAUCGGGGGCUGGAGAUUCUACCUAUAUCUAUUCCGCCAACCGCCAUUUACAGCGGGAAUCAUCAGCUACUUUGUUUUUGCUCUUUUCAUAGCGAGCUUCGAGUCCACCCUUGCGACACAUGUAUGGCAUACGUUUGGCUGGGGAGUGUUUCCAGUCGGGCUUCUGUUUGCAUCUAUCCAGGGGCCGGGUAUGAUUUUAUCACCUUUGGUGGGUUGGCUGAAAGAUCGAGUAGGGUCUUGCAUCCCUACCACGAUUGGGUUUGUUUCAGUUGCGCCCUUUCUGUGGCUACUUGGGGCGGCAGGUGACGAGCGAUUUCCUUGGGCAACAAAGGGGAACACUGGAGAGGUGAUCUAUGCAGUCUGUACCACCACGUUCGGAUGUCUCAUGUGUUUACUCAACGGAGCCGGGAUGAUGGAGGCGACAGAAACUGUCGACGAGCUGGAAGAGCAGAGCCCCGGGAUAUUCGGACCCUAUGGAGGGUAUUCACGCGCUGUUGCUAUCACAAACAUGAGUUGGAUGUCAGGCCUACUAGUUGGGCCUAUAUUGGCCGGACUAAUAGUAGACAAAGUCGGGUAUUUCGAACUGCAGUGCGUUCUUGGUAAGCUUACCCAUUCGACAUCUGGACAAGCUCGGAACUCCAAGAUUGCUCCGUCGUUAUAUCGAUGUUAA